UAAUUUAUGGGGAAAAUGGCUCGUUCUGCUUGGAAAUUGAAAGAUUAAAAAAAGUUAUAUCUCAUAAGUUAAAAGUUUUAUUUUCGUUUUUUUAAUCGAUUAUUUAGAUAUUUUUCUUUUAACUAGAGAAAAAUCACCAAUACGUAGAUUUCCCGAAACGGCACCCCUACAUUUUUCGAAAACUAAACAUUGUACUAAUAAGAACAUAAUCUGCUUAAUUAAAAAAAAUAAAAACUUACAAAAGGAAAUGUUUUUAGGAAUUCUCAUAUAUAAUAUUAUAAAUUUUAUGCAGGAAAAUGUAGUCUAUUAUGGUCAAUUUUUCAAACGUUCAUUUUCGAUUAUAUUACGAAAACAUUAUAAAAUACGAAACAAUAUUAUGAAAACUGCUACAUCAUCUGAUAGAACACACUUUUUAUUUUUAUUUGUUUUCAAUGUUUCGUUUAGCUUUUAUUUAAGAAAUAUCACAAAAUAAAGUGGUUUGCCAAUAAAUUUUAUGCAGGAAAAUGUAGUCUAUUAUGGCCAAUUUUUCAGACAUUAAUUUUCGAUUAUAUUACGAAAACAUUAUAAAUUAUAAAACAAUAUUAUGAAAACUGCUACAUCAUUUGAUAGAACACACUUUUUUUUUUAUUUAUGUUUUCAAUAUUUCGUUUAGCUUUUAUUCAAGAAAUAUCCCAACAUAAAGUGGUUUGCCAAUACCGACGCCUCUCCUCCGACUGUCUCGCGACAUUGUAUUUCACUCUUUUUGCGCCGGAAUUAUUUUAAGACCAUCCCUUUUACGGCACGUAUGGAAAUUGCCGCGCGGCCGGGCCAUUCACUUUCGUUUUCCGGGGUGGUUGUACCCGGUCGCAUCAACAAACCCCGACCGGCCGGGCGACCGCGAGGGGUUGAAACCCCCGGCAGUGCGCAGCCGCGCUGACCGCUGUCCACUUCUCUCUUCCUCACCGGAGUCCCCGGAUUGUUCCCCUGCCUGCUUAUACCCACGCAGCGCCUGAGCGUAACCACGAAUACUGCUGUUGCUCCCCGUGAAAGCGAGGCGACGCGCGCGUGUGCCGCAAUCAGCAAGACAGUAAGAAUCAUCCUUUCAGUAUUUCGCGCUCAACCGGCAAAAUAAGGGGCUCCAGGGUGGCGAACGGUGAACCGAAUCCGCGUAGCGUGCCGUCAGGCACGUCCCUCAAGUCUCUGUAAGAUCGCCCCUUCGCGGUGGAGAGAAGAAACGGCGUCGCCGGGAACGGGAGGGGAAGAGGAAGGUGGAGAAAAAAAAAAGAAAGAACCGGGGACGCUUCGACUCCGUGGCGCAUAUGUCUUCUUUUUUUUCCUUCUUUUUUUUCCCGCGUUGAGAGACGACGUAAUUGUGAUUAAGAAGGAGGAGCAGCGGAGCCGGAAUAGAAUCGCGGAAAUAAUUGAUGACGCGGGUAAUUCGAUCGCGACCGAGCUCUACUUUGAGCUGCCUUUGUUGGACACAUAGUUGGCGCGUUCUGUGUAAUGGGUGGUAUUCAUUAUUAAUUGACGCGGAUUUUCCCGGCGUAGUUUCGCGUUAGCUGACUACCCGGCAGAAGUUACCCGGCGGGAGGGAGAGGGGGUGGGGGAGAAUCGGAAAGAAGAGCCGGGGUUUUUCUCGGUAGAUGGGACCUUUCUCGAGUCGAUAUGUAAAGCGCGCACCGUCGUCCAUUACGAGGAGGGGAACGGGGGUAGCGGUAGAUACGAUCUGCAAGUUUUGUGAAGAAAGUAGGGCAAAGUCGCGGUGUCGCGCGCAAUUUCUCGUCCGCGUCCAGUCUUCGUCCGGUUCUCCGCUUCUACACUCUGUUACGCAAAUCCUGAGCCGGACGAUCGUUUGUUUCCCCGAAGAAAAGUAGAAAGGACGCGAAACGCUUCGCGCUCGCCUCCGUCUCACGGUUAUUUGCCCUGCAAAGUGUCAAAGUGAUGGCGUAUCUGCACUUCGCUCGGAUCAGAAGCACGAAAUCCGUUUUAUUCAUUUUGUAGUUUUUUUUUUAAGAUAAUAGGUUUUUUUAUUAUUUAAGGAAAUUUAUGUGUUUUUUUAAUUGGACAAGUUUGGAUUGGAAAUAAGUACACACGCAUUCCAUGCGAUUUUUUUUAUACGACCUGCGGGGACUUUACCUUGCCGAUCGUUCUCAUCGAGGGCGACGUCGCGACGCCACGUGUCGGUGUAUAUAAAAAAAAAUCCGCGACCUCGCAAGUCUAGCAGCUGUAAUCCCCGCUAUAGAACCUCGAGUGCAACAGUUGAAGUCAAGGCGAGGCAAGUUUGAAAGUGCGGUCCCGCGCCCCGCGUAUCACGAAUCGAUACCCAACGAUUACAGGAAAGAAGAGUGCGCGAGGUAUAUGUAAAUACGCGUCCACUCCUCCCCCUUGGCAUAUUCGGUCGCAAGAUCAGCGGAGGCGGGUCGCGCGACGGCGAUCGCGCAUCCUUGAUCGCAACUCUUUUGUUUCCUCCUCCUCCUCCUCUGGCGAUUAGGGAGAAGGCGGAGGGUGGACGGGCGAUUCCACUUGCCUGUCGCGGUCAGCGUAAGCGACGUGAAUUUAUUAUUUAACGGGAAUAAUCGAUGGCUUAUGGAUACGUGUACCCGGGGUACAUAUCCCUCGCGAUAGCCGUCAUUUUCGCGAUGGUGACGCGCCGCGUGGCAAGGAAAACCGCCGCUCCUCCUCGUCCUCGUUCUCUGCCGCCGCGAAUCGGCGGCGCGUGAAAGUCCAUUCCCGGGCCGGGAACAAGGGAAGCGGAAACGUUGGGUGCACGCACACGCACACGCGCGCGCACGGGGGAAGUACCAUGCUGGCGAGAUUCAGGAACAGCUUCCGCUGCGGCAUGCCCAAAUGCCCGACUAUCCGUAUUCCAGGGAUGGAGAAGCCGGAGUCCUCCGCGGGGGGCGAGAGCGCCGGGGAGCUCGAGGAUCGGGACCCCAACAGCCUGAAUCAACACCUUCAGGUGAUGUGGGACGACGUGAUCGGCGAGCCGGAAGGGAUCCGGAGUCCCGAGUGCGCCUGGCGGCUCAGCGGCCAUUGCUUCCGGCUCUCCAGGGGAUGCUGCUACGUAUUCCUCUCCGUCCUCGUGGCGCCUCUGCUCGCCCUACUGUUCGGCUUCAUGUUCGCCUGCCUCGCGUUUCAGCAUAUAUGGUGUCUCGCGCCGUGUCUGCGCGUGUGGAAGAUCACGUGCGCGGCGAUGCGAAAUUUCCUGGCGGCGGUGACGCAGGCGGUCGUACGGCCGGUCAUGGAGGGGCUGGGCUAUCUCUGUUACAAUAUCCGUGUAUUCAAUCAGAGGUUACCGGACGGGCCUAUGCAGAAGGAGGACCUGCUGGUCGUGUGACUCGACGACCCCAGCGGCGGCCCCGACGCGGAGUCACCACCCCCUUCGCCGUCGGGCUCGCGGCUUUCCGCUGUCGCGACCUCCGCACCCCUCUGAGCACGAACGCGGUGCCGCGAUCGCGCAAAUCGUACGUGUCGGUAGUGUUAUAGCGUUUAGAGUUAAGCGGCGAGGAAGAGGGAAGAUGUUCAACUAAAGAAAGAUGCUUCCCACAUAGAACAUGGCAUCCAUUAGACAUCCAUUAGAUUUACUCCGUAGUUCCAUAAGACGUUUAUCUCCAUGAAAUCGGCUAGAACUUCAAUAGAGUACCAUACUUGCUAUAGUAUAUUCUUGAUGUUCUCUACAAAAUCAUCGUGAACGUCUAUUGAAACAUUUAUUAUGGAUUAUAGUAGAUUGGAUUGACGUAGGACAGUCGUAUUCGUAGUCGCUGGAGUUGAUUCAAUUCGUAUUCCAACGACUACGACCGCAAUACGUCGCUGCGAACCAAUGAGAGGGGAGCGUUGCACAUUUAAUUAGCGGAAAAAAUAGCACGUAGAAGCGAAAGGGAGAGACUUCUAGUUAAUGUUAAUCUAUUAAUCGUCCCUCUAUUAGUCUAUAUUAGUCAUUCAAGCUCUAUGAAAUGUCUAUAAUCCACAUAAUGUUUAAUACACAUAAUGUCUAUAAAUAUGUCUAAUGGAGGCCAAAUGGACGUAUAUAAAGCAGGACUGUGACUUUUUAGUGGACGUUCGUUGGAAGUCUAAUUUCAAGUCUUCAGACAGACGUCUAAUGUCGUGUCAGAGAUUUUUGUUCUACGUGGGUCGCGACGCGAGUCCGAAUAUAUCACGAGCAAAAUUCUUAAUAUAAUCGUCGUAGUAUCUCAAUAUAAUGUAUAAUAACUGUCAAGAGUGUCGGCGGUCUAAGAUAGGCGAGGAGGCACCACCGCGACAUGCGCAUCAUUAAUAAUCGGGGCGGUAUAUAUUUUGUAGCUCGUAGUCAUAAUAUAUGUAACGUAGUUACAAUGUGACAUAAUCAAAAAAAUUUUCCGUUGAACUAGCUACAAUACAAUGUUGCAACGAGCCGCUGUCAAGUAUACCAAUAAGUGUAAAGGUCCCCCGCAUUGGCCUUGUAGAAGUAUAAUAUGUUUAACUCAUGCGCAUGUCCCGGGUGGACGCAGCAUACCAGGAGUUAAAAAGCUCGAAUAGCAGACCAGUCGAUAUUUUACGCAGACUGGCCUGCCUUUUGCCGUGGCACUCUUGAAUCCGAGACAAGAUGUCCUGGUGCUUCAUCCAGGUGAAAGGAUAAUUCUCUAAAUGAGAAGUGAUCUAAACGAGCGAACCGUUGAACGAGAUCUAGUCAGUGUAUUAAUCUAAAAUUAUAAUUUAACUGGGAAUGUAAAUUAUUAAGAAACUCCAUAGAGAGGAAAAGAGAAAUAGUUAUUAACCCCUUGAAUGGGAUCUCAAAAUGCAAAAGUGAUCCCAAAAUGCGUUUCCGUGUAUUAAUUCCAUGACGUCAUUCAAGGGGUUAAUAAGAGGUGUACGUAAAUCUGCAAGAAAAAUUUAUUAUGUCGUGUUUGAAGCAAAGAUCGUUAGUCAAAGACAAACGAAAGUGUUAAAAAGUUCAGCCACUCAAUUUCUAUAUGUACAAUCGUAUAAUUAAUUUUAGUGUAAUUAAUUAAUGUUCCUCAAUAAUGCGAUAAGGUAACACAGAACUGUCGCACUUUCAAUACUCUAUGUGUAAAUUUGUCAUUGUUACCAUUCUACCAUUUGUCGUUACCAUUUGUCUUUGUGUUUUUGGCCGUUGUAAACGAUUUGCGGAAUAUUUUUCGCAAUAUCAAAAUCUUAGGAGCUGUACAUACGAAUCUUCUGUAAGAGAAUUUUUGCAAAUAAAAAUGUAGAACACGAGAAAAACAA